AUGGCGGCUGAGCAGUCGACGGUGGCCGCGGUGACGGACUUUGUGCUGAAUAAUAAGCUCAAGACGGUGCUGUAUACAUGGGGAGCUGGCAUCACCACUUGCUUCGCAUACCAGUGGACCAGGCCAAUACCCACCUCCCUGAAGAUCAUCCAUACUCGCGUGUACGCGCAGGCGCUGACGCUGGCGGCGCUGGGGGCCGUGGCGGGGGUCGAGAUGUAUGCUGCCUCGACACAGGGUGCCAAGGAGAAGGACGAUAGCUACUGA